AGCAAACACAUUCACACAUGCUUUGGCAGUCGCGUCACUGUGAGUAAUUGUCACUCCAAAGUAACUUCGCUUUCGACAACAUGGACGAAACAGCCACAACGAGUGGAGGAACAACAGCAGGUCCCUCAAAAUCCACUGUUACUAAGAAAAAGACACAAGGAACAACCACAAAGAAAGGAACAACAGCAGGUCCCUCAUCAUCCACUGUUACUGAGGACAAGGCACAAGAGCCAACCACAAAGAAAGGAACAACAGCAGGUCCCUCAUCAUCCACUGUUACUGAGGACAAGACACAAGGAACAACCACAAAGAAAGGAACAACAGCAGGUCCCUCAUCAUCCACUGUUACUGAGGACAAGGCACAAGAGCCAACCACAAAGAAAGGAACAACAGCAGGUCCCUCAUCAUCCACUGUUACUGAGGACAAGACACAAGUCACAAACACGAAGAGAAUAGUCAUCUUGGGUAAAACAGGAGCUGGGAAAAGCAGCCUGGUUAACACCAUAUUUGGAAAGAAACUGGUCAAGAUCGAUCAUACUUUCAGCGCAGGAACAAAAGAAUGUCAAGCAGAAACCAGAUCUGUCAAUGGAAGAAACAUCACUUUGAUCGACACUCCUGGUUUCUUCGACACAAAUAGACCCGAGGAGGAGUUGAAGCGUGCGAUAGUGAGGAGUAUCGUAGAGUGCGCUCCUGGGCCUCAUGCUUUUCUCAUUGUGCUUAAAGUGGAGAAAUUCACAGAGCACGAGGAGUCUGUCAUCAGCAAAAUAAAAAACAGCUUUUCUGAUGAUGUCUUCAAAUAUGCAACAGUUGUAUUCACUCAUGGUGACCAGCUCAAUGAAGAACAGAGAAUUGAGGAUUUGGUGUGCCAGAAUCAGCUUGUGAGUGAUCUGGUGGAGAAGUGUGGAGGUCGCUGUCACGUCAUUGAUAAUAAAUACUGGAAUGGAAAGCCAGAGGAUGAAUACAGAUGCAACCAGUUUCACGUGGAGGAGCUACUGAAGACAAUAGACAACAUAACUGAGGCACACCAAGGAGGCUGCUACACAAAUAAGAAUCUAAAAGCAGUGGAGAGGGAAAAACAACAAGAGGAGGAGCACAUUCGACAGUCAUCAGGAAACAUUUCAGAGGGAGAGAUCAGAGAGCAGGCUAAGGGCAGCGUGUUUAAAAAGCUUUUGAAAAAACUGGCACAUAUUGCAACAGGGGCAUUGUUAGGAGCUUUUUAUGGGGUACUAGGGAGCACAAUUUUAACUCAAGGAACAUCUUUCCAAGCAGCUGGAACUGGAUUAGGCACAUUUGCUGCAGGGGGAGUGGGAGCAAUGUUUGGAGGUAUUGCAGCAUAUGAUGCAACUGAUGAAGAAGACACACUACAGGGAGGUACAGAAAGGGCAACACAGACUGUCACAGAUGGAGCCCUAUUUCUCUUAGAUAAAGUACAGGAGGUAGUGGACAAAGUAUCAAAGAUAAAAAAGAGUCAAAAAUGAGCCAUGACUCUUGAAGGGGAAGAUAAUUUAGCAGUUAAAAUUCAUGUCUCCCUGUUAGAUUACUUGAAAUCUUGUUCUAGACCAUCCUGAGCUGAAGUGCAUUUCUUAACUUCAAACGUAAGUUGCUUGUUUCACAAGUGUGUGGGCAGCUGUGGAUCAGGAGGUAGAGCAGCUUAUCCACUGAUCAGAAGAUCGACUGUUUGAUCCCUGGCUUCUCCAGUCCACAUGUUGGACUAAAUCCCAUAUUGCUGUGUGAGUGUGUGAAUGCCUAAACUAAGUAGUGGGUGGCACCUUGUACAUUAGCCAGGAGUGUGUGUGAAUGGGUGAAUUUGACCCUGUAUUGAAACAGUGGAUCUACACAGAGCCUAUGCACUUGGCCUACACAUUUGUAAGUUCGUCAAACACACAUUAAACAUGACUUAAUAUCAACCAUAAAUACACCAACUGGCUUCACUGUAACUUGCAAGGCUGAAAGACAAAAGACUUGUCUUUUGCUGGACACAUUUUCACCACAAAUAAAACAUGCUAACAUUAUUAGCACAAGAAUAUGAUAUU